CACACAUACACACACAAACACACGCAGAGCAGAGCAGCACACCUUCAUGCUUGCCAAGCGUUUCGGAUGGUGUGUCACCUUUUCUCCAGGCACUCUUAUUUGUCAUUGAGGAACCUAUUCACUGACUUUUGUAGAGGAUUUCAAUUGCGUUAACAUUGCAACGUUAUUGCUGGGGAAUCUCUGCACGUCACGUCCACUCGGCUUCUGUGAGAUUGCACCUUGGAUGUUUGGCCAUCCCGUGUCUUGCACGGUGGAGAUACUUGCUCCCGGUACUAUUUAGACGAAAACCGAGAAACACUGUGGGAUCCGCACUCUACUCGCGAGAUAUUAUCAUUGAUCAUCGGGACGGGCCUACAUCGGACGUGUUUCCAGAAUGAGACGCUGCGGACAGUGAUCGCUCGUGAGCUGCCCUGAACCGGAGGAGGACGCCAUGGAAGUGAAGGAGCGCCGGCCCUACCGCUCUCUGACCGCGCGGCGCGACGCCGAGCGGCGCUACACCAGCUCCUCGGCGGACAGCGAGGACGGCAAGGCCAACUCCAAGUCAUACAGCUCCAGCGAGACGCUGAAGGCCUUCGACCAGGACUCCCGCAUGGCCUACGGGACCCGGGUCAAGGACCUGGUCCACCACGAGGUGGACGAGUUCAACAGACAAGGAGCAGACUUCUCCCUGCGGGACCUGGGCUUCGGCGAGGCCCUGCCCUCCCACGUGCCGGCGGUGGGGUACCGCGGCGAGCUGGGCCUGCAGCAACGGGACUACUCGGUCAGCGUGGGCUCGGACGCCGACACGGAGACGGACGGCGUCAUGUCCCCGGAGCACGCCGUCCGGUUGUGGGGCCGCGGAGGCGCCGGCGGGAACCCCAAGUCGGGCCGCAGCUCCUGCCUGUCCAGCCGGGCCAACUCCAACCUGACCCUGACCGACACGGAGCACGAGAACACGGAGAGCGACGGCGUGUUCCAGAACCACUCUCGGCUCAGGACGCCGCCCCUCGCCCACUCCCACUCGCCCAACCACCAGCACCACCACGCCGCCUCCGCCAACUCUCUGAACCGGGCCACCUACACGCCCCGCAGCAACCCCAGCCCCGCGCCCACCGACGGCUCCGCCCCUCCCGACGGCCCCGCCUCCGGCGCCACCGAGCCGGGGGGCGGCACCCCGGACAACUGGCUGCUCAACAGCAACAUCCCACUGGAAACCAGAAACAUAUCAAAGCAGGCAUUCCUAGAGACUUUGCAGGACAACCUGAUUGAGAUGGACGUGCUGGCGUCAGCGCAACGUGAGGCCGCGUACAACCACGGGCACUUCCUGUUCAAGCCCGGCGGCACAUCCCCCAUGUACUGCACCACGUCCCCCGGAUACCCCCUGACCUCCAGCACGGUGUACUCGCCGCCGCCGCGCCCCCUGCCCCGCAACACCUUCUCCAGGCCGGCCUUCAGCCUCAAGAAGCCCUACAAGCACUGCACCUGGAAGUGUGCCGCGCUCAGCGCCAUCCUCAUCUCCGUCACGCUGCUCGUCCUCCUGGCCUACUUCAUCGUGGACUGCCUGGACCCGACGUGCUCCGGCCGGGGGGUGUGUGUGCGCGGCGAGUGCCACUGCUUCGUGGGCUGGGGCGGGCCGGGCUGCGAGAGCCCCCGGGCCUCCUGCAUGGACCAGUGCUCCGGCCACGGGACCUUUCUGCCGGAAACGGGAACCUGCGGCUGUGAUCCAAAAUGGACGGGCCACGACUGCUCCACAGAGAUUUGUGCAGCCGACUGUGGCGGCCACGGCGUGUGCGUGUCCGGCAGCUGCCGCUGCGAGGACGGCUGGGGGGGCGCGGGCUGUGACCAGCGCGCCUGUCACCCCCGCUGCAGCGAACACGGGACCUGCCGGGAUGGCCGCUGUGAAUGCAGCCCCGGCUGGAACGGAGAGCACUGCACCAUCGAGGGCUGCCCCGGCUUGUGCAACGGCAACGGGCGCUGCACCCUGGGGACCGGCGGCUGGUACUGCGUCUGCCAGCUGGGUUGGCGCGGUAACGGCUGCGACACCUCCAUGGAAACGGCCUGCGGCGAUGUCAAGGACAACGACGGAGACGGUCUGGUGGACUGCAUGGACCCAGACUGCUGCCUCCAGUCCGCCUGCCACUCCACGGCGCUCUGCGUGGGCUCCCCGGACCCCCUGGACAUCAUCCAGGAGACCCAGGUGUCCAGCGCCCACAGCAACCUGCGGUCCUUCUACGACCGCGUGCGCUUCCUGGUGGGUCGCGAGAGCACCCACGUCAUCCCCGCCGCCAACCCCUUCGACGGCAGCCACGCGUGUGUCAUCCGUGGGCAGGUGGUGACGUCGGACGGCACGCCGCUGGUGGGCGUCAACAUCAGCUUCAUCCACCACCCGGCGUACGGCUACACCAUCACCAGGCAGGACGGCAGCUUCGAUUUGGUGACCAACGGCGGCAUCGCGGUGGCCCUGCACUUUGAGCGCGCUCCGUUCAUCGCCCAGGAUCACACGCUGUGGUUGCCGUGGGGACGCUUCUUCGUCAUGGACACGGUGGUGAUGCGGCACGAGGAGAACAACAUCCCGAGCUGCGACCUGAGCAGCUUCCCGCGGCCGAGCCCCCUGGUCGUCCCCGCCCCGCUCACCGCCUUCGCCGGGGCCUGCUCUGAGCGGGGGAACGUCGUCCCCGAGAUCCAGGCCCUGCUGGAGGACGUGGUCAUCCCGGGGACGGACAUGAAGCUGGGCUACCUGAGCAGCCGCAGCGCGGGCUACAAGUCCAUCCUGCGCAGCACCCUCACCCACCCCACCAUCCCCUUCAACCUGAUGAAGGUGCACCUCACCGUGGCCGUGGAGGGACGCCUCUUCAGGAAGUGGUUCCCCGCGCAGCCCAACCUCUCCUACGACUUCCUGUGGGACAAGACGGACGUGUACAGCCAGAAGGUGUACGGCCUGUCGGAAGCCUUCGUGUCCGUGGGCUUCGAGUACGAGUCGUGUCCUGACCUCAUCCUGUGGGAGAAGAGGACGGCCAUCCUGCAGGGCUACGAAACCACAGCCUCCAAGCUGGGGGGAUGGGCGAUCGACAAACACCACGCCCUCAACAUCCAGAGUGGUAUCCUCCACAUGGGCAACGGCGAGAACGUCUUCAUCUCCCAGCAGCCCCCUGUGAUCGGCAGCGUGAUGGGCAACGGCCGCCGCCGCAGCAUCUCCUGCCCGAGCUGCAACGGGCUGGCGGACGGCAACAAGCUGCUGGCCCCCGUGGCGCUGGCCAGCGGCUCCGACGGCAGCCUCUACGUCGGGGACUUCAACUACGUCCGCCGCAUCUUCACCACGGGGAACGUCACCAGCGUGCUGGAGCUCAGAAAUAAAGACUUCAGGCAUAGUAACAGCCCCGCCCAUAAGUACUACCUGGCGGCCAGCCCUGUGAGCGGCGCGGUGUACCUGUCUGACACCGGCAGCCGGAAGGUGUUCCGGGUCAAGUCCCUGAGCGCCGUGAAGGACGUGGCCAAGAACCUGGAGCUGGUGGCGGGCACCGGGGACCAGUGCCUGCCCUACGACGACGCGCGCUGCGGGGACGGGGGCAAGGCGGCCGAGGCCACGCUCACCAACCCUAGAGGCGUCACCGUGGACAAGUACGGCAUCGUCUUCUUCGUGGACGGCACCAUGAUCCGUCGGAUCGACCAGAACGGCAUCAUCUCCACCCUCCUUGGCUUCAACGACCUCACCUCCGCUCGGCCCCUCAGCUGUGACGCCGUCAUGGACAUCUCGCAGGUUCGGCUGGAAUGGCCCACCGACCUGGCGGUGAGCCCCCUGGACAACUCCCUGUAUGUGCUGGACAACAACGUGGUGCUGCAGAUCUCGGAGAACCACCAGGUGCGCAUCGUCGCCGGGCGGCCCAUGCACUGCCAGGUCCCGGGCAUCGACCACUUCCUGCUGAGCAAGGUGGCCAUCCACGCCACGCUGGAGUCGGCCAACGCCCUGGCCGUGUCUCACACCGGCGUCCUGUACAUCGCCGAGUCGGACGAGAAGAAGAUCAACCGCGUGCGCCAGGUGUCCACCAACGGAGAGAUCUCGCUGGUGGCGGGCGCGGCCAGCGGCUGCGACUGCAAGAACGACGCCAACUGCGACUGCUACUCGGGCGACGAGGGCUACGCCAAGGACGCCAAGCUGAACGCGCCGUCGUCCCUGGCCGUGUCGCCCGACGGCGAGCUCUUCAUCGCCGACCUGGCCAACAUCCGCAUCCGCUUUGUGCGCAAGAACAAGCCCUACCUGAACCCGCUCAACAUGUACGAGGUGUCGUCGCCCAUCCACGACGAGCUCUACCUGUUUGACGCCAACGGCAGUCACAUCUACACCCAGAGCCUGACCACCGGGGACCACCUCUACAACCUGACGUACUCGGGCCAGGGGGACCUGGCCUCCGUCGUGGACAAGAACAAGAACCUGGUGACCAUUCGCCGGGACACCACGGGCAUGCCCCUGUGGCUCAUGGUGCCCGACGGCCAGACCUUCUGGUUCACCGUGGGCACCAACAACGCCCUGAAAACCAUCGCGGCGCAGGGCCAGGAGCUGGCAGUGAUGACCUACCAUGGGAGCUCGGGGCUGCUGGCCACCAAGACCAACGAGAACGGAUGGACCACGUUCUACGAGUACGACUCCUACGGCCGCCUGACCAACGUCACCCACCCCACGGGCAGGGUGAGCAGCUACCGCGCCGACAUGGACAGCAGCGUCCGGGUGCAGGCGGAGGGCUCUAACAAGGAGGACAUCACCAUCACCACCAACCUGUCCGCCUCCGGGACCUUCUACACACUCAUGCAGGACCAAGUGAGGAACAGCUACUACGUAGGGCUGGACGGCUCGCUGCGGCUGGUGCUGGCCAACGGCAUGGAGGUGUCCCUGCACACGGAGCCCCACCUGCUGGCCGGCACCGUCAACCCCACGGUCAGCAGGAGGAACGUGACGCUGGCCAUCGACAACGGCCUCAACCUGGUGGAGUGGCGGCAGCGCAAGGAGCAGGCGCGCGGCCAGGUCACCGUGUACGGACGCCGCCUCCGGGUCCACAAUAGGAACCUGCUGUCGCUGGACUUCGACCGGAUCACACGAACGGAGAAGGUGUACGACGACCACCGGAAGUUCACCCUGAGGAUCCAGUACGACCAGGCGGGCCGGCCCACCCUCUGGGCCCCCAGCAGCCGGCUCAACGGCGUCAACGUCACCUACUCCCCGGGGGGGCACGUGGCUGGGAUCCAGAGGGGCACCAUGUCGGUGCGCAUGGAGUACGACCCCAACGGACGCAUCACCUCCCAGAUCUUUGCCGACGGCAAAUCAUGGAGCUACACCUACCUAGAGAAGUCCAUGGUGCUGCUGCUCUACAGCCAGAGGCAGUACAUCUUCGAGUUCGACAAGAACGACCGGCUCUCGUCGGUGACCAUGCCCAACGUGGCGCGCCAGACCCUGGAGACGACCCGCUCCAUCGGCUACUACCGCAACACCUACCGGCCCCCAGAGGGCAACGCCUCGGUGCUGCAGGACUACAGCGAGGACGGCCAGCUCCUCCAGACCGCCUACCUGGGCACCGGCCGCCGCGUGGUCUACAAGUACGGCAAGCUGGACAAGCUGCUGGAGAUCCUGUACGACACCACCCGCGUCGCCUUCUCCUACGACGAGGUGUCGGGCAUGCUGAAGACGGUGAACCUGCAGAGCGAGGGCUUCACCUGCACCAUCCGCUACCGGCAGAUCGGCCCGCUCAUCGACCGGCAGAUCUUCCGCUUCAGCGAGGAGGGCAUGGUGAACGCCCGCUUCGACUACGUCUACGACAACAGCUUCCGGGUGACCAGCAUGCAGGCGGUCAUCAACGAGACGCCCAUGCCCAUCGACCUGUACCGCUACGACGACGUGUCGGGCAAGACGGAGCAGUUCGGCAAGUUCGGCGUCAUCUACUACGACAUCAACCAGAUCAUCACCACGGCGGUGAUGACGCACACCAAGCACUUUGACGCCUACGGCCGCGUCAAGGAGGUGCAGUACGAGAUCUUCCGCUCGCUCAUGUACUGGAUGAUGGUGAACUACGACAACAUGGGCCGCGUGGUGGUGAAGGAGCUGAAGGUGGGGCCCUACGCCAACACCACGCGCUACACCUACGAGUACGACGCCGACGGGCAGCUGCAGGCGGUGUCCAUCAACGACAAGCCCCUGUGGCGCUACAGCUACGACCUCAACGGCAACCUGCACCUGCUGAGCCCCGGCAACACGGGGCGCCUCACGCCGCUGCGCUACGACCCGCGCGACCGCAUCACGCGGCUGGGCGACGUGCUGUACCGCGUGGACGAGGACGGCUUCCUCAAGCAGCGCGGCAACGACUACUUUGAGUACAGCUCGGCCGGACUGCUCACCAAGGUGUACAACCGGGUGAGCGGCUGGAGCAUCCGCUACCGCUACGACGGGCUGAGCCGCCGCGUGUCCAGCCGCAGCAGCGCGGGCCACCACCUGCAGUUCUUCUACGCCGACCUGUCCAGCCCCACGCGGGUCACCCACAUGUACAACCACACCAGCUCGGACAUCACCUCGCUGUACUACGACCUGCAGGGCCACCUGUUCGCCAUGGAGCUCAACAGCGGCGACGAGUUCUACGUGGCGUGCGACAACAUCGGCACGCCGCUGGCCGUGUUCAGCGGCGCCGGCCUCAUGAUCAAGCAGAUCCUGUACACGGCGUUCGGCGAGGUCUACCUGGACACCAACCCCAGCUUCCAGGUGGUCGUGGGCUACCAGGGCGGGCUGUACGAGCCACUCAGCCGGCUGGUGCACAUGGGCCGGCGGGACUACGACGUGAUGGCGGGCCGUUGGACCACGCCCGACCACGAGGUGUGGGCGCGGCUUAACAGCGACCACAUCGUUCCCUUCAACCUGUACAUGUUCAAGAACAACAACCCGCUGAGCAACAACGAGGAGACCAAGUGCUACAUGACAGAUGUGAACAGCUGGCUGGUGACCUUUGGCUUCCAGCUGUACAACGUGAUCCCGGGCUACCAGAAGCCCAACACUGACACCAUGGAGCCCUCCUACGAGCUGCGCAGCACCCAACUCAAGAUGCAGGAGUGGGACAGCACCAAGUCCUUCCUCGGGGUGCAGUGUGAGGUCCAAAGGCAGCUCAAGUCCUUCGUCAAGCUGGAGCGCUUCGGGCAGAUCUACCGGGCCAAGGGCGCGGGCUGCCCGCAGGCCGAGACCCGGAAGCAGUUUGCGUCCUCCGGCUCCAUCUUCGGCAAGGGGGUGAAGUUCGCCAUCCGCGACGGCCGCAUGAGCACCGACAUCAUCAGCCUGGCCAACGAGGACGGGCGGCGCAUGGCGGCCGUCCUCAACGACGCCGCGUACCUGGAGGACCUGCACUUCACCGUGGGCGGCAUGGACACGCACUACUUCGUCAAGCAGGGCUCGGUGGAGGCCGACCUGGCCCUGCUGGGCAUGACGGUGGGCCGGCGCACGCUGGAGACGGGCGUGAACCUCACGGUGUCCCAGGUCAACGCGGUGGUGGGCGGGCGCACGCGGCGCAUCACCGACAUCCAGCUGCAGUACGGCGCGCUCAGCCUCAACACGCGCUACGGCAGCAGCGUGGACGAGGAGAAGGCGCGCGUGCUGGAGGCGGCGCGGGAGCGGGCGGUGGCGCGCGCCUGGGCCCGCGAGCGCCAGAGACUGCGGGACGGCGAGGAGUGCUCGCGGAGCUGGACGGAGGGCGAGAAGCAGCAGCUGCUGGGCUCGGGCCGCGUGCUGGGCUACGACGGCUUCUACGUGGUGUCGGUGGACCAGUACCCCGAGCUGGCCGACAGCGUCAACAACGUCCACUUCAUGAGACAGAGCGAGGUGGGCCGCAGGUGACAUGAACACAGGGCUCCGCUGGUGAGGGACUAGCACACGCACGCUCGCGCACACUUACACAAACAAACACACACACACACACACACGUGAAAACACACACAUGUACGUACACACAUCCACUCUCACACACACACACACCAGACUUGUUGCCAAAGACAGCUGCCUACUCCACCACCACUUGGUUUCCUUGGACGGUUGUGUCCCAUUCGUGGUUAUAAAACGCUGGGCAGGGGGGUUGAGAGGUGAGGAGUCCUUGUUACAGCCAGAGAUAAGCCCUCCCCCCCCCCCACCCACUGGGAGACGCCCCAGUGGCUCUGGGCCUCUGGGCCAGAGGAGGAACACGGUGUUAGUUUGUGGCUUAAUUUCCUGACUUUACUGCAGUGUCUCUUAAACUAUGGGUCAGGACCUAAAGCGGGUCGCGGUCCACUUGGAGGUGGGCCGCGGCCUGACAAUGCACAGAAACACCCUGUUCCGAAAGGAUCGGCAAUUCCAAGUGUGCUCAAGAGUUUUCUGGGUGUGUGCUUGGGCCCCAACGGACACACUGAAAUUGUCUUUUGGGUCCCGUGGUGAUAAAGUCGAAGUACCCCAUGUCCGCUCCAUCAAGCCCGCCGGUGGUUCGGUGUGGGAACCCCCAGGUGGAUUGUGGGUAAUCCAUCGUGUUGUUGUGCGAUUCUGGCUCCAUUCGGCCCCAGAGUUGCCCCCCCCCCCCCCAGCUUGCUCUGUUCUGCCUUCUCAACCACGCCAAGGAGAUCCCCUCCCGCUUUCUUUGUUUUAUACUUGAAAACCCGGUGGCCCCCGGUUGCGCAAACGCGAUGGAAGAAACGUGUGUGUGUAUCGGCAUCAUCGCUGGUGAGCCCUUGAUUAAAAAAUGAAAAAACCCUAGCAAAUGUUUCAAAGCACCUUCAUUUGCGUGAUGUCCUGUAGUUUGUUUCAUUGAAUUUUGUUUUUUAUUUUUAUUUUCUUAUUUUUCUUCUUAGGAAAGGCUUUGCUACUUACCCGAGCCUUGAAGGCCCGUCGGGCACACUGUGCAUGUGAAAGCCUUCUUUAAAAUUUGGGAAAUGUCUCAAAAGGCUUUAUGAAGCUGGCAUUGUGCACCGAGGCCAGCAAAGGAAUAGGUCAUGUUUUUCUGUUCAGGCUUUAAGUCAUUUUGGAAUUUGCUUCAGAGAAGAAGAAAAAAAAAGAAUGUUUUCUUGGUUGAUCCUUGUUUGACAGCGGUCCAAAAAACUCCACACUAAGCGUAUAGUUCAGAGCCAGCACUGUCAGAGCAAAACUGUGGAAUCAAUGUCCGUAUUAAACGAGCGAUAUUUUACGGGAAUGGUUUUGAAAUGACUUUGAAUUGUGUUUCAUAACAUGACUAUAUGAAAUAACAGUAUAAACAAAUGUGAAUUUAAACAACAAAAAAAAAAACAAGUGAACUGUCGUUCCAUUUAUUGUUGAAUGUUGUACUCGAGGGUGAUUCCAUAUACGGAAUAAAUUAUACCAGAUGGUUUUAAGUUUGGUCAGAUUAUUCCUUCAAUUCCACUCAGCCACUGAUUCCACCCAACAGCGGACCUCCAUGGCAUCUACAGUCGCAGUGUUUCCUUCUGUUUUGCAAUGUACUUUUUUCUCAGUAUUCCUCAUAAAUAUCUCAAACCUUAUAAAGCCUGUGAUUGAAGAGUUUGUGAAUGUCGGCUUACUUAAAAAAA